UGAGCUUCCAGAGCGAAGGUCACGGACAAGAUGGUGCUCCCAGUUCAGGUCUCUCCGCUCAUCAAGCUUGGCAGAUACUCAGCCCUGGUCCGCGGCAUGGUCUAUGGUGCUAAACGUUAUAGUUACCUAAAACACCAGGCAGAAGUGGAGAGGAGGGGGGCAGAGAAGGAAAAGAAGAGACUAGAUGAGCUGAAACGGAUUGAGAAAGAUCUCGCAGAAGGUGACACCAUACUCAAGUGAUGCGCCCAUGAACUUGCCUUUCUUUAGCCUCUGAGGAUGAAUAAAGCUUUGUUGUGUGAUGGAAAAAGAAAAAAGGAAAAAAAAAAGAAAAUUAAACUUGCCGGGCAGUGGUGGCGCAU